UUGAAGAGCAUUUAAUUAAUAACAAUACUACAUUGGUCUUUGCAAAACGAAAACCCUAUUGUAUGAAAUUCUGUAAAUUGGGCAGACUUUUUUUUUUUUCGCUUGUUGUGGUGGUCGGUCGCCGUCGCCGUUUGCCGUGUGAAUGAACGAGACCUGAGAAGAUUCCCCGUUUGCCGUUACUGUUCCGCCAAUUGUUUUAUAUGGCUUCAUACAGACUUGUCUCUUCCGCCCCCUAAGUUCCUCCUAUCAUCGGUAUCUUGGAGGUUUUUGUAUUGAUGUUUACUUGCUCAACAAGAAGUUUGUGAUGUGUCUGAUGAAUGGCUGCUAGGGGAAAAAAUCCGCCUGCGUGUUAGAGGGGCGUGCGAUUUAGGUUUUGGGGAUGAUGGGGCACGGUACAUUUCCUGGUUUGAGUUCUGCUGCCGGUCGUUCUUUGGAGUCCCUGCCUUCUCCUCAAUUGUUGGAGAAUAAAAUUGCAGCUCAGGAAGUAGAAAUAGAGCGACUCAUUGGGGAUAACCGGAAAUUGGCAAAUACUCAUGUGGCCUUAAGGGAGGCACUUGUGGCUGCUACUCAGGAUGUGCAAAAGGUGAAGUCACACAUUAGAAGCAUCCAGACGGAAAGUGACAUACAGAUCAGAGUUUUACUGGAUAAGAUUGCUAAAAUGGAGGUAGAUAUUAGAGCAGGUGACAGCAUAAAGAAGGAACUGCAGCAGGCCCAUAUUAAUGCACAGAGCUUGGCAACUUCCAGGCAGGAAUUGAGUGCCCGAAUUCAACGAGCCACUGAGGAACUGAAGAAGGCUUGUAGUGAUGUUCAGAGUACUCCAGAUUUGCAGGCUGAACUGGACAGUUUAGUGCAAGAGCACCAAAGAUUACGUGCCACAUUCGAGUAUGAAAAGAACAAAAACAUAGAGCUAGUGGAGGAAAUGAAAGCCAAGGAGAACAAUCUAAUAUCAAUGGCCAAAGAAGUUGAAAUGUUACGAGCUGAGAUUUUGAACGUUGAGAAAAGAGUAAAAGCUCCAAACCAGUUUGGAGCCGCUACGCCUGUAGACAGUACUGGUCCCUUUCUUGAUGCUUAUGGGAGAGGUCAUGGUCAGAUGGCGUUUGCUCAAGUAGGAGAAAACGUUGUACCAUAUGGAGAUAGCAAUGGCAUAGCAGCGGGCAGUAGUGCUGGUUGUGGCGGGGGUGGUGCUGUAUGGACAGGAUCCUAUGAUCCCUCAGUUGCUCGGAGAUGAAGUUUAGUUAAUUGUUUGUAACGUUCUUUUAUGCAAAAUUCAUUAUGGAUCACGCCAUCUCCUCCGUAAAUUCGAGCAGGGACUUAAAUUGUAUAGAUUUUGAAGAAGGUAAAAAUAUUUUUCUCAAA